AUGGACCAUGACAGAAAGAAGAGAUCAAGAACAUCACCAGAAGGAGAUCAUCAACAAGAUUCCCAGUCCAAGCACUUGUUAGAUAAGAAGAAGAAAGCCAAGAAGACUAGUCAUAAUGAUAACAUCACCACCAAUUGUGGCAGUACAAGUUACAUCUCACCGGAUCAUGAUUCCAAUGAGGUGUCUCAGGGAGUUUUCGAUUUCCCAUGGCUGAAAGAUGGUGUUGUUUCGAAAUCAGACGAGUUGAAAUUUGAAGAUGCCUUCUUGUCACAGCUCACAAACACUUCCAACUCCAUCACCACCACCACAGGUAUAGAAUUUUCUUUCCCGGGUCAGUGUUUGUUUCAAACUCCAGUUGAGGCAAUGCUGGACUUUCCAGAAGAAAAGUUUGACCAGGAAAACUUGCUCGAGGAAGAUGAUGGUGGUGAUGGUUUGGAGAAAGAGAAUUUGGACUGCCUUUGGAGCUCUUUGCUUAACCAGCCACUACUUGGGCAACACAAUUGAAAUUUCUUCCCUCCACGAUUUGUUUUACACCAAAAUAUGGAACAGAAACUUAAAUAUUUAUAUGUUAUAGUUACAUAAUAAUAUAUACACAGUUAAUAUUUGCUAGCAUAA